UUUUAUGCGCCACUUAGAAGAAGCACAAUGUCUGUACUUGCUACACAGAAUAUUCCUCAGAACAAUGGAGUUCUGCAUACUGUAUGCGGCGGCGAGGAACCUAGCAUGGACCAAAGGACCAGCCUAGCCGUAGAAACUCUCCUAAGUUUAGCGAGACAGCAAGAAUGGACCCCUCCGUCUCCAGCCUCGUCUUUGGACGACAGCUCUUCCUCUGCGACUCCCUGCCCGACAGACACAUCAUCCAUUGAGGUCCCCACGGAAGAAAUAGUCGCAGUGCAGAAUGAGGAAGAGUGUCUGCUAGAAGAAGAGGAGGUAUACUCUGAUGCGGAACAAAAAGAGAAACCGGAGUCUCCACCAGUAGUUGUCGCACCAUUCACUCCAACUGGUCAGCUACUACCUCCUGGACAGAUGAUUGUCCUAACUCAAGCAAAUCAAGAAUUCAUAUCACAGCUUAUCUCGAAAAUGCCAGUCAUACCUGUCCUAGCAACAUCAGUUGUGGCCCCAACUGUAGAGACCCAGCCAGGAGUGGCAAUGGCAGAAGGAGACAGUCGUAUCAAGCCACAUCAGUGUCCUUAUCCAUCCUGCAGUAAGACCUACUACAAGAGCUCACAUUUGAAAGCUCACAUAAGGACUCACACUGGCGAGAAACCUUACCUCUGCAACUGGGAGGACUGCGGGAGACGGUUCGCUCGAUCGGACGAGUUGGCUCGCCAUAAAAGGACGCACACCGGCGAGAAGAAGUAUGGCUGCCCUCUCUGUGGUCGGAAGUUCAUGAGGAGCGAUCACCUAUCCAAACACAUAAAGAGACACACUACUAACAAACGCAUGCCACUCUGGCAGCAAGAGGUAGAGAAGCUGAAACAGCUUAAAAUGAUAGAGGCAGCUGCUCAACAGUACCAAAAUAUUUGAAUUAUUCAAUUAUCCUCAUUUCCCCACUGCACAAAUCUCAUGACAUGCUGUUUUUUUCUAUUUGCCCAGUCUUCAGUCUUUUUAAAAUUGCUUUUCUUAUUGUUAUGGUCUCUGUUCUUUUCUGUGGAACAUGCUGUA